AUGCUCGCGGAUGCGUUCAUAAAAGCCCAUGCUGGAGCUAAAAAGGUGCAGGCUCGGAAGGCGGAUAUUUUUCGUAUAGCCCAAAGGGACGAUGAGUUGUUACGUGAAUUUGUCAACCGGUUCCAAAGGGAACGGAUGGAGCUCCCUCCGGUUCCGGAGGAAUGGGCUGCACAAGCUUUUACCAAAGGGCUUAAUCCUCGGAGCUCGACGGCCUCGUUCAAACUAAAAGAAAACUUGCUGGAAUACGAGGCUGUGACCUGGGCAGAUGUCCAUAACAGAUACGAAUCAAAGAUUCGGGUAGAGGAUGACCAACUCGAACUUCCCCCGGGGCCCAUAAAUAUGAGCAAAAGCUCUGAGAGAUCGAGGAAAAAUUACGAGCCGGAGUCAAGACCAUCGAGGGAAAGGUAUCGGCCAUACUCUCAUUCGGAAAAGCCAAGCUUCAGGUCGGAAAAAUCAAGGGUUGGUCCCAGUCAAUUCUCCGGUCGGGGUGAUAAACGGACCGAGCGCCCGUCAAACAGUCGAGGUCUAUCAUUUAGAAGUGAUGCUGGGAGUUCGGCUAGCAACAAAGACCUACCAAGGAUAUCGGAGUACAACUUCAGCAUCAAUACCUCGGAUCUCGUCUCGGCCAUUGGUCGUAUCGCAGAAGCAAGAUGGCCGAGACCAUUGAGAUCAGAUCCGGGUCAACGGGACCCGAGCGUGAUGUGUGAGUACCACGGAACUCAUGGGCACAGAACUGAAGACUGUCGCCAAUUGAGGGAGGAGGUGGCUCGGUUACUGAAAAAUGGCCACCUUCGAGAAUUCCUGAGUGAACGAGCUAAAAGCCACUACAAGGAAAGGGAGUCCCACAAACGGGAAAAACCGGUAGAACCUCAGCAUAUAAUCAACAUGAUAAUCGGAGGUACAAAUGCUCCUCGAAGGCCGGUGAUGAAACGGACAAAGGUUACCAUUGUGCGUGAGAAGCGCAACCGGGAUUACGUGCACGAGCGUUCCAUAUCCUUCAGCAACGAGGAUGCAGAAGGAAGUCGAGUACCGGAUGAAGUUAGGUGUUAG